UGGUGUUGCAGCUUUAAUUCGCAAAGAUUUCUGGGAAAGGAGAACUGAUACCUAAGGAAGGACUACGAAUCCCAGCAAGCAGUUCGCAACGCAAGGGCGGAGGAGGAGGAGCGCUGGGCCGUCGGGCCGGGCCGAGCCAGGCAGGGGCAGCCGCGGGCGCGGGGCCAUGGGGAAGCGUUACUUCUGUGACUACUGCGACCGCUCCUUCCAGGACAACCUCCACAACCGCAAGAAGCACCUGAACGGGCUGCAGCACCUCAAGGCCAAGAAGGCCUGGUACGACAUGUUCCGAGAUGCAGCUGCCAUCUUGCUGGAUGAACAGAACAAGCGGCCCUGCAGGAAGUUUCUGCUGACAGCUCGGCUGGAACCAGCAACCGCUGCGAGAUGGCAAGGAACCCUGGAGACGCCGAUGGGGGUGCUAGCCUGGCGGAUGAAGUUAGCCUGGGAGCCCAGCCCACUCCCGGCAGGCAGGCUGGAGGGGCAGCAGGUCUGGCAGUGCCCAGAAGGUGCGGAAGUAGAGCGGAGGGCGCUAGGUGUUGAUGUGACUGCUCAGUAUCCAGCCAGGAAGGAGGCAUGUGGUUUAGAGAUAAAGACCUCAGUCAGUGAGGAGCCAAGGCAGAUGGAAAUAAGGGAAGAAAAAGAGGCCAAAGCCGGGAGCAUUCGUCUCCUCCACGCCGGCCAUGAGGGCCUGCACUCUAAGGGCUUGGCCCUGAGCUUCCUAGCGGCCGAGGCAGAGAUGAAAGCCACGAUGAUUGACAGAUGACUGACAUGGUGUAAAGGCGCAGCCCUGGGAGAGGAGCUGCUGUUGACCCAGGGAAGCGAGGUCAGGAGAUGGCGCUGUCCCCAGCACGGGCCCCAGGCCUGCAGGUCAGGGGGCUCCCCCAGGACUCCCCGUGGAGGGCCUAUUCACUGGGAGGUGGCGCUGGCUUAGGACACCUCCAAUCUUCUGUUAUUUUGAGACACAUUUUGGUCUUCUCGGUUGAGGUUCAGAAAGCCACCCUGGACGGUGUACCUCCUUUCAUGGUGCAAAUUACAGCCAUUCAGGCCUUUCUGGGAGCUGCUCACCAAGCCCAGUGAGCGGACCGGCCCCCGGGGGGUGGGGGGGCACGGCCAAGAGUGCAGAGGAAGCAUGACCUUUUCGGGGACCCACGUGUAGUUCCUGAGGCGGGGUCACAAGUUCC